ACAGUCGACAACGCCACCGCCGUCGGAUUCCUCCGCUACAAGGGGAUCCAACCCUUUUCCCCACCGCACCUCACCGCCACUCCACCAAUCAACGCCACCGCCGUCACCGCCGCCUUCGCCGGCUGCCUCAGGAGCCUCAAUUCCCCAAAUUACCCCGCCGCCGUGCCCCAAACCGUCGACCACUCCCUCCUCUUCGCAAUCGGCGUCGGAAUCAACCCUUGCCCGACCUGCGUCAACGGGACCAAGACCGUCGCCGACAUCAACAACGUCUCCUUCGUCCUCCCCACCGUGGCUCUGCUCCAGGCCCAUUACUUCAAAUUACAGGGGAUCUUCACCGACGAUUUCCCGGCGAACCCGCCCUCGCCGUACAAUUACACGGGGAACCCGCCGGCGAAUUUGCAGACCACGAACGGGACGAAGGUGUACCGGCUAAGGUUUAACGAGACCGUGGAGGUCGUCCUUCAGGGGACCAGCUUGAUCGCGCCGGAGAGCCAUCCAAUUCAUCUCCAUGGAUUCAAUUUCUUCGUGGUGGGAAAAGGAUUGGGGAAUUUCGACAAGGGUAAAGAUCUGAGUAGCUUCAAUUUGGUUGAUCCGGUGGAGAGGAACACAAUGAGUGUCCCCACCGCAGGAUGGACCGCGAUCCGAUUCCGAGCUGAUAAUCCAGGUAAAACAAUGUAG